CUACGCCAUUUCAAGCGAAUUUUGAAAGCCGGUGAGCGAUUGGGCCGGUUCGACUAUAAAUACCCUCCUCCCCCGUGCCCCAAUUUUCCGAGAAUAUCCUCUCCACCAUUCUCCGACCUUGCGGGUCUUUUGCUCGAAGGAAAAUUCCCUGUAAACUCUGUAAGCGCGAUUACCAGCGAUGGCGCAACUAGAGGCCACGGAUAAAUCCCUUGAUAUCACCGAUGAGGAAUCGGCUACCUCCCCCUCCUGCGAUCGAUCACAGGUUGAGGUAGGAAACACCAGCACCGAUCCACCCAUUUCCCGAAGCGGUUCUUUCAGUCGUCUCAACGCCAGCGCCCCGGAGUUCGUUCCUCGAGCCCCUUCGCCGGCACCGGCGGGCGGACAUCCCCGGGUUGUAAAGAUCCAUCAUCACCCGCCUCCCCCGUCACCUGUGAUCCACGUCUUCCAUCCGCCGCCCCCGCCUCCGCCCACGGUGAGCCCGCAAUUCAUCCCGCCGGGGCCUCCGAGCGGGGUGUUUGAGUACUACGGGGGCGCGCUUGGGGGAGGUGGAGGGUUUGGCGAUCACGAGCCUGUGCAGCCGCCUGCCGAUUCCGAUUCCGCUUCUCCUGUUAGGGACGGUUUAUCCGAAGAUGUCGUGCAGAAGAUCACGAAGCAGGUGGAAUACUAUUUUAGCGAUGCAAACCUGGCAACUACUGAACACUUGAUGAGGUUCAUCAGUAAAGAUCCAGAUGGAUUUGUUCCAAUAUCAGUUGUUGCUUCUUUUAAGAAGAUUAAGGCAUUGGUGCACAAUAAUUUUCUGCUUGCUAAUGCUCUAAGGACAUCUUCUAAACUUGUUGUCAGUGAUGACGGGAAGAAAGUUAGGCGCAUACAACCCUUCACCGAGGCUGACGUUGAGGAAUUACAAUCUCGCAUUGUGGUUGCUGAAAACCUGCCCGAGGAUCAUUCUUAUCAGAAUCUUAUGAAGAUUUUCUCUUGUGCUGGAAGUGUGAAGACAAUCCGUACCUGUUAUCCUCAAACCCCAAAUGGUACCACUGCCCCAACCAAUAGAUCAUCAAAAUUGGACAUGCUUUUCUGCAAUAAGCUGCACGCAUUUGUGGAGUAUGAAACAGUCGAGGAUGCUGAGCGUGCUGUUGCUGAAGUUAAUAAAGAGAGGAACUGGAGAAGUGGCCUGAGGCUUCGUUUAUUAAAUAAGUGCAUGCAGGCAAAACAUGGUUCUGGACGUGGAAGAAAAGCAGGAAAUGACGCUGAUGGUGCUGGAGAAGAAGAAGAGGCUUAUUCACCCAUCCAAGGAGAUGAUCCAUCCCAACAAACCGAUACGGCAUUUGAAUCUUUGGGAGGAGAAGAACUUGCCAACGAGCGAGAAGGUGGGGGAAGGCGAAGCAAGGCACCACGAGGAAGAGGUAGAGGUCGCGGGCGCGGGCAACAUCACAACAUCAUCAAUAAUCAUCAACGCGGCAGCAGCAGCGGCCACGGCCAUCCCAUCGGCACUCCGCCCUCAAAUCAUCAAAUUCAUAACGAUCAAUCCACAUCCCACAAACAACCACCUGGACCUAGAAUGCCGCAUGGCACGAGAGGUUUCACAAUGGGUCGCGGGAAGCCUAGUUUAGUCGCAUCAUCUUCCUCCACCUUUGGGGCUGGUUAAAUUCUGGUGUGGCUGGUUAUAGGGGCAUGUCAUGUUGUACUAUCAUCAAGCUCAUGUGGAUAUUAGAAGGUUUAUGCACAUACUCAUUAUGGUCUCAUCUAGAAUUAAUGACCCUUCUUUUUUUCUUGAGGGUGGGCUUGUUUGAUGUUAAAGUUGGUGAUAUAAACUAGUUAAUAUGGAAUAUUUGUGA